GCCGUUGUCGGCCUCCUCGUCUUCGGCGGUACCGGCCUCAAGCAUUACUUGGUGCUUCAGCAGGAACAGAGCCUCAUCAAGAGGCAGAGUGGUCUCCUGAGUGCGAGUCUCUUUGCAACUCAGCUGGUGGUGUGCUUGCAGCUCGUGAUCGUCAUACAGAAGAUCGACAUCACCUGGGAUGAGCCCUUUCUGAUGCUUAUGAAGAUGCUCAGCUUCCUCUCCGCCGAGGUGAUCUUCGAAUCCCUGAGUGCCAUCUCCUGCGUCACGCGCCUGACCUCGACCUUGCAGUUCUUGAUGCAAACCCUGGUCGUCCCUGCAUCUUUCAUGGCAGCGCCGAUGGUACUUCAUCUGGUUGUCGUUCUGAUCUGGAGACGCACAAGCUGGGAGCUGCAUCUGUUGGUUGAAACACUGGGCUCCCUCUUCGUGCUCUUCUUCAUCGCCCUUUGCACCGCCGUAGUUGAGCCAUUUCAGUGCCAAAUUCACCCGAACGGCUUGUCGACGAUGCAUUCUAGUAGAGGUACUCUUUGCAACUUCGAAGGGAAUCAUUUUGAAAUGUGCCUCCUCGGUGGGAUUCUUGGCUGUCUGCCCAUCAGCUCCCUGGCCUUCUGUUCAUGGGUCGUCUUGCUGGAGUUUCCGAAGCGGCUACGCAAGGCGGAUGUGAAGUUCAUCCGUGCUUGUUCUUUUCUGGUCCUACGUUUCCGACCUGGCUGUGAAGGAUUCUCCAUCUUCUUCUUGCUGCGCAAUGCACUGUUUGCCCUGGCCCCGAUUCUGCCAGCUGCCAACGGAAGCAUGCUAACAAUUCAAUGUCUGCUGUGCCUGAGCCUGAUACUCUCCGCAUAUUUCAAGCCAUGGCGCUCAAUUCCGGCAUCGUGCACGGACAUUUGCGUCAACGCCGUAUUCCUGAUCAUCGUUUUCCAAGGAAGUUUCUUCGUGACCGGCGCGGACCAGUACUAUUCCAUGAUAAUCUGCGCACUAUGUCUCGCCGCUAUGCUCGUCGCCCUUGCGAGCUUGUCCAUCUUCGCCAUAGGCAGACAUCUCUUGAUGAUGCGCGGCAAGAAGUUCCAUUUCUUCCUAUCGCAUCACAAGCAGGCGGCUGGCAACCUCGCGAGAUUGCUGAAACUGGAGCUUCAGCAGCGUGGCUUCGCCGUCUUCCUCGACACGGACGACCUCACCGACUUGACACAGCUCUUCGUCACCUUGAACCGCAAUGUGGAAGCGCUUCUGGUCCUCGCGACUACGCAGGUGCUGACUCGAAAAUGGUGUGUCGCGGAGAUUGUGACCGCGAGGCUUGGUGGCUUAGACACCACCUUGGUGAUGCUGCCGCAGUUUUACCUGCCAUCCAUGGAUUUCAUCGAUGCUUACGAGGGAACAGUGCCUGAUAUUGCUGAGCUCGCAACCUACGGCUUUGGCAUUGCGGACAUCACCGAUACCCUGAGAUGGUUGAGGACGGUGAAGAGCGUGAGUUUGAGCUCCAAGCUUCCGGAAAAGGAGCUCUUGGAAGUUCUGGGCCAGUUAACCGCAGGUAAGCAAGGAAGACGGCUUUCCCAGCGUGCCUCUCGCGACUUCGACUCCGACUGUGUGAUCCUUGCAAACCUCGAGGAUACGGAGGCCAUUGCAUCAGCACACGUCUUGCGCCACUUGAUCUCGCAGCAUGUCUUCGCCACCACCAACAUGUUUCCAAAGGUGCUGUGCUCCGCUGAUAGAAUCAAUAGUCGACGAGAGCUUGGCUCAGCAAAGCCGUUGUUCCUGAUCUUGGUCUGCACGACCGAUUGCCUGAGCACCUCUUGCGUGGCCGAGUGGUUGCUGCAAGCCUAUCGGGCAUCGUCGUCGUGUCAUGUACUUCCUGUCAUUGCGACCGAAGGCUUCAUAGUACCGCAGUCCUCAGAUGCCUUUGACGAGAUUGCCCAAGAUCCAUCUCUGCAGAAGUUGCCGGGCAUCGAGAUGUACAACAGCACCCUCAAGGCGGUCUUCAUGCAGAUUGCCAUGCAUUUUUUGCCCCAGUCCACCUCGGAGUCGGCGCUGGAGAUCCGCGCGCGGCAGAUUGCGAGCCGCAUUAACCAGGAUGGCACAGCCAGCUUGAGUUCCUUGCUGGACUUGUCAUGGUUCCCAUCGCUACAUCUUGGUAACUUCGGUUCGGACAACGGACACUGGAGCCUCCCCAGCACGCAGGCGCGGGUUUAG